GACAGAGGCCACUUUUUACUGCUAAAGGAUAAAGCACAGUUUUUUUUAUGUUUUGAGGCCAAAGAUCACUCAGAAUUGCCGGAUCAGCAUGGAGGACAGCAGUGGAGUUGCCAUCCUGCUCCCCCUCUCUAGAGGCCAACAGGAGACUGUCUUCAUCCCUGAAAGGGUGGAAACGCCCCCUGGUACCCUGAUGGAGCCUAGGGAUGAUGACCAGAGGCAGCAGCAGGCCGCAGACUCCCUCAUCGAGGUGAUUGAGAAGCUCAGCAAGAUCGUGGAGAAGCGCCCACGUCGAUGUACCCUGGCUGGGAAGAAGAGAGCCCUCAUGUCAUGUGCCUCCAUCAGAGUCCCAGAGAUCAGGGAGGGCAGUGGUGGGUCCUCCCCCUGCAAGAGAGUCCGGGAGUUGGAGGAAGAGGUGAAAGAGGAGGAGAUCAAGCCAGACAACAGUGCCCCUGCUGGCAGCAGUAGGACCAUCACCUGUUACCAGUGCAGCCUGUGUCGGUUCCUGUCCCCGACCUUGAGCCUGCUGAAGGAGCACCUGCGGCAGCACGAUGAGCAGCACAGUGACCUCAUCCUCAUGUGUUCUGAGUGUCGCUUCACCUCCAGCCACCAGGAGGAGCUAGAGGCCCACGUCAGGCUCCACUUUGACGGCAGCAACUCUAACAAGAACCCUGUAUCCAGCCAGCAGGCCAGCGAGGGAAAUGAGGACUUAGGGUUAGGGAUGGGGGGUAGUGUGGAGGAGGCUGUGUUCAAAACUGCCAUGGACUGUGCUGAGGAGAUCCCUGCUAAGAAGAAGUGGUACAGCUAUGAGGAGUCUGGGAUGUACCGCUGCCUGAUAUGCAGCUAUGUGUGUGGACAGCAGCGAAUGCUAAAGACUCAUGCAUGGAAGCACGCAGGUCUGGUGGACUGCUCUUACCCGAUCUUUGAGGACGAGGCAGUGGCACCUUUCAGACAAGAAGCACCAGCACCUCCUGUAGUUCCUCCUGCAGAGGAAGCCAUAGUGGUCCUCACCCCGGUCCCAGAGAACUCCCAGAACCUCAACAAGAUGUCCACCUUCCAGAUCGACCUCUGUGCCCCUGUGGCGGAGUGUAGGAAUGAGGCCAGGACAGAACCAAUCACAGAGGAGAGCCCAGUGGAGAGGCUAUCUAAAGACUCAGAGCCAAUGUUGGAGGUACAGGUGACCACAGAGACGGAGGUGGAACUUGUGCAGGACUGUCAUCAAAUUACAAGCACAACAGACAGCCUCCUGUCAUCAGCCCAGAAGAUCAUCAGCUGCAGUCCCAACAGUGCCGGCCAUGUCAACGUCAUAGUGGAGCGACUGCCGUGCGCAGAGGAACCCGUGGCCACCCAGCCCCUCCUCCCCAGCCCAGAGGUGGGCAGAGACGAGAGCCUGCUGGCUGCAGAGGAGGCGGGCCAUGUGGAGAACCAGCCAAUGUUUGCUUACAAGGACGAGCAGCAGGAGGUGGUGAUUGGCUGGAGCAACAGUGAGAGGCAGCAGACCACCACGGACCCUCCACGUGACGAGAAUGCCCCCCCAGCCCGCAGGAGGACCCACUCUGAGUCUCUGAGGCUGCACUCCCUGGCUGCUGAAGCCCUGGUGGCCAUGCCCAUGAGGACCGCGGAGCACAUCAGGAGCAUCGUGGGCCAAUGCUCCCAGAGCCCUGACACGGGCCAGAGGCUCCUGGAGAUGGCCACGGCUGCAGCAGUUGCAGCCGACAGAGCCCCUGCAGCGGUAGAGGAGCUGGCAAGCGUGGGGUCAGCCCUGGUAGACCUGGAGCUGCAGGGGUCCAGAGAGGACGGGCUGGCCGAGGGCCCCACCAAGGCUGGCAUCAGCCUGUCCCUGCUGACGGUCAUAGAGAGGCUGAAGGAGCGCUCGGACCAGAACGCCUCAGACGAGGACAUCCUGAAGGAGCUACAGGACAACGCCCAGAGCCAGCACGCUGGGGAGGUCAGCGACUGUGGAGGGGGGGACCCGGGUAACCCUGGUGGGGGUCUGGUGGACUACAUCCCUGGCAGCGAGAGGCCCUACCGCUGUCGCCUUUGUCGCUACAGCAGUGGGAACAAGGGCUACAUCAAGCAGCACCUGCGAGUACACCGCCAGAGACAGCCCUACCAGUGUCCCAUCUGUGAACACAUCGCCCUGGACAGCAAAGAUCUAGAGGGCCACAUGAUCAACCACUGCAAGACCAGGGUGUACCACUGCAAGCAGUGUACUGAGGCCUUCUAUUACAAAAGUCAGCUGAGGAACCACGUUAGAGACCAGCACGGUUUGGGCGACACCAACGCAACACUAACCCCUGUCACUGAAACCACGGCAACCAUGGAGGAAUCUGAAAAGAUGACAAAUGACGAUUCCGUCAGAUCGCAGAAGGUGUACAGAUGUGACGUGUGUGAUUACAGCAGCUCCACGUAUGUUGGAGUUCGGAACCACCGGAGGAUCCAUAACUCUGACAAGCCUUACAGGUGCUGCAGCUGUGACUUUGCUACGACCAACAUGAACAGCCUGAAGAGCCACAUGAGGAGACAUCCCCAGGAGCACCAGGCUGUCCAGCUACUGGAGCAGUACAGGUGUUCACUGUGUGGCUAUGUGUGCAGUCACCCUCCGUCCCUCAAGUCUCACAUGUGGAAGCACGCUGGCGAUCAGAACUACAACUACGAGCAGGUGAACAAGGCCAUCAACGAGGCCAUCUCCCAGAGCGUCCGUUCCCCCAGUGCCCCGCAGAAGGUUUCAGCAGUGGCAGAGCAGUCUGGUGUGGUGCAGGGUGGGAAGAAGGAGAGGGUCUUUGUGGACCCAGCCCCCCUAGCAGAGGUUCCUGUGGACAGUGUGGUUGGCGGUGGCUCAGGGCCAACAACGGAGCUCAUCCAGUGGUCCUCCAGAGAGCAGGCCCCACAGAGCGACACCCCCCAAGGGAAGGAGGGGGUCCAGUCCCGGGCCGGCAUGGAGUAUUGUGUGCUGUUGUUCUGCUGCUGUAUCUGUGGCUUUGAGUCUACCAGCAAGGAGAGACUCAUGGAGCACAUGAAGGAACAUGAGGGAGACAUCAUCAGCAUCAUCCUGAACAAGGAGCAGCAGGGAGCAGCCCAACCAGCAGAGGGCAGCACAGCACAGUGAGACAGCAUUUACCCCCCACCUACCCCUCCCCUUACCCCAACAAAGAACCAGGAACCUAUCCAAUCACUUACACUGAGUCUGAUUUAAAAGGGAAGUACUAUACCGCGCAUCUUGUUUUCUGGUUCUUAAUUUUAUGUACUUAACAGAAGGUUACAAAAAGUGUAUCAGUUGGAGCUCAGACAUACAGAAAAUUGGAAAACUCCAAUUUCAAGGCGUUGCAGUAAAAUGUUCAACCUGAACAAGUUCAGACACAUUUAAUACCUCAGAAAACAGACAUUUUCAAAUGGAGCUCAGUCCAUUCUACUCAGCAAACAUAUAUUGACCACAUGGCAGCUUUUGUAUUAAAAUACUGUAAUAUAAUUUAAUAUAUUUAAUCCUUCACAUUUGUAGUGUAUCUGUGGCACCUGCACUAGGCUAUACAGAGCUGCCAUCUACUUGCAUGUUGUGUUCAUCAUAGCUAUAUUCAAAAUGGGUUAAUACAAGCUGGUCUCAGAGCAUUUCUUAUUAUUCUGUACAUAAAUCUGAGACGAUCGAUAUUUUGCAAAUUUGUAACGGCUAACGUUAGCCACCUAGCUAGAAUUCGUAACAUUGCGUACGUUUAGCAAAUUCAUAACAUGUUGUGUGUUUUGCAAAUUCGUAACCUUGAAUACAAAUUGUAGUUAACAUAUUAUUACGAAUGGAUGUGUGACUUCCACAAAUGAAUACAUACCAUACGAAAUGUAACAUAUCAUACCAAUUUGAGUGUCCUGGAUUUACGUUUACGAUGUUACGUCUAGUCUAUGAGACCAGGCUGGUUAAUACUAUGUAUCAAUGUAGGCCUAUGCUGUUGGUUUCCGUUAUGUCGAAUCAAAGGAAAAUACUUAUUUUUAUUUAAUUCACUGUUUGAUUCUAUUUUGACCUAUUGGACCUCUGGUACGUUAUGGUAAUGAUGGGUCACUUGAGAGUGGUUUCCUAAAGCUGUAGGAUAGAUAGGCUGGUAACAAGUUAUUGUUUUACCAACAUUCACCACGGCGUCAAGGCUUCUUGAGGCAGAACUAGGUUAGGGAGGAAUUUUUAAGGUAUGAUCAGUCAAUUAUGGUGCAUAUUAGUGGUCAUAUUAGACCCAGGUGUUAUGGUCAUAUUAGACCCAGGUGUUAUGGUGGAGAGAUGGUAAAUGGACAAUCAUUGAACUUUGAUUGCAGCCAACACCCAACUGUGUUUAGCUUAGGCUACUUGUAGUUACUUUAGUGAACGUAUUACUAUUCUGAUUACGAUAAUCAUUUCUAGAUUCAUGUUUUAGCAAAAUAAUUGCAUAGUUGAUCACUUGAAUAUGUUAAGCAGUUUCCAAAGUUUCUCCAUAUAGGCCUAGCACUUGUAGAUAAUGGAUGGCUGGAGUGAUUGACAUCCUAGCACAGAGCGGUGUGCUAGUAUACUAAACCUAUUCACGAACCUGCUAUUCCUAAAUCUGUGUGCUGUAUUAACCAAUAGCGGAGGGUGAUACAGUGGGGCAAAAAAGUA